UAAGUAGCUAGCUCACUAGCGUUUUGGUGCAUGUCGCGCUAUGAGUGACAGCAAUCCGCUGAUUAAAGGCAAGUUAGGGGCUUUUCAAGAACUGAGACGACAUGCUGGAAUCGCAGCAGCUCCAUUAUCAUGGGAGUAUAUCAAACAGUGCCGCUCAUACCGCACAGGACCCGUUUGAAUUCAGACCGCUCAAGGUGGAGCCCGACACCCUGUGCGUCUCCCAGGCGGAGGAGCUGGCCAUGCUGAGGGUGCGUGUCCAGCAGCUGGAGAGAGAGAUGGCCCGGCUCGCGGCGGAGAACCACCACCUCAAAGACCUGCUCGUCAAGGAGAUCCCCGGCCUGCUGUCGGCCAUGAGGCAGACUCUGGCCCCCGCCCAGCCCGACCUCCACUGCUCCCUCUCUUCUUCCUCCUCCUCCUCCUCUUCCUCGGGACCCCUGGCCUGCUCCAUGGCCAACGCUGACGGCAGGUACGGACUCAUGCCGUGGCCCGAACCCGGCCCGGAUCCCAUCCCCUCAAUCGCGGAACUGCUUCGGAACAGACACGAGGACAUGGAUGGGCUUGACGGGAUAGACGGGAACAUCGGGAACGGCGUGGACCUGGCAGGCAGCCUGGAGAGUGUUGCGGGUCGGGGCGGCGAGGUGAUGAAGUUCGAGCUGAGCGAUGAGCUGGAGGAGGAGCUGGGUCCGUUCCUCUGUGAGCUCGGACCACGGCGGCCCUCCGUGACCUCAUGUGGGGCGUCGCCAUGCCAACUGGCUGAGAUGAGGACAAGGGGCCGGCCGCCUGGAUGCAACCAGCUGGGAGACCACCGCCACAUGGAACAAGAUGAGGUCUCCCCAGGUUCCGGAGUGUUCUGUGAUGCCAGGGCACUACGGCGAGCCAAUCAGAGUGCGACACCAACAGCGAUGGUCCGGAACCUUCUGGUGGGCGUGUUCGACAAGCACACUCUCCUCAACAGCAACCUGCGUGGAGGCAGCAGUAAAACCUCUCCCUUUCACAAUCACCACGCCCCACUGGACCCCCGCAAGCUCAGCGCCAUCUACGACGCCACACUGGCGCGGUUUCCUUCGGUGAGGAGAGCCCAGAUUGGCAUCAGCAUCAACUCCAAGCUGUCCGAGAUCCGCUUCUACUCCCGACGCGCUUCAGCAGAGAGGAGGGAGAGAGUGAGGGAGAACGACAUGGAGGGAGAGAUGGAGGGAGGGAUGGAGGGAGGGAUGGAGGGAUUGACAUCAGCAUCAACUCCAAGCUGCUCCUAGCUAGGAGACUGGGAGUGUGACCAAAGGAGAGGGAAGAGAUCCAACUCUCCUGUAUUAAACAUGACCGGAAGAAGGAAGAAGAGCACAGCAGCAAAGAGGGGGAGUCACCAGCAUAAAACAUUACUGUAUCCCAAUGUGUGUGUCUGUGUGUGUAUGCCUGUGUGUGUGUGUGUGUGUGUUUGUGUGUGUGUGUGUGUGUG